UUCAAAUGAUCGAGUUUCUUCGAGAGAGAACGGGGAAGGUUUCACAAUGAAAGUGGUAAACGCCGCCGCUCAAAUACGAGCCUGCUUCAUCUCUGGAUCUCCUACACUUGACAAAUGGACAAUUCAACUACGGCUCCGGCGAAAGACCAAAUCGUCGACGUCCGGUCGGUGGUGGAGGCUGUGGCCGCCGCAGGCGACGACGCCGAUAUCGAUACUCCGCUGUACGAGGUGGAGAGUCUAUGUAUGCGCUGCGGAGAGAAUGGUGUAACUAGGUUCUUGCUUACUUUAAUUCCUCAUUUUCGGAAGAUAUUAUUGUCAGCAUUUGAGUGCCCCCAUUGCUGUGAAAGAAAUAAUGAAGUGCAGUUUGCUGGGGAGAUUCAACCCCGUGGGUGUUCAUUUAGCUUGAGUUUUCGUGCUGGUGAUCGAAAGAUGCUUGACCGAACAGUGGUAAAGUCUGAAAGUGCUACUAUCAAGAUUCCUGAACUGGAUUUUGAGAUCCCUACAGAGGCUCAACGUGGAUCAUUGUCUACGGUAGAAGGGAUAUUGGUUAGAGCUGCUGAUGAGCUGGAAGCCCUUCAGGAUGAAAGAAAGAAAGUUGAUCCCAAGAUAGCUGAAGCUAUCGAUCAGUUCUUGGUCAAAUUAAGAGCAUAUGCUACCGGAGAUUCAUCCUUUACAUUCAUUCUUGAUGAUCCAUCUGGUAACAGCUUCAUUGAGAAUCCGUUUGCUCCAUCUCCUGACCCUUCGCUGACCAUUAAGUUCUAUGAGAGAACUCCUGACCAACAGAAAGCUUUAGGGUAUCUCGUUGAUCCGUCACAUGCAGAGGACUACACUGAUGAGAGGGCAAACAAUCAAUUGGGAAAUGAGGCACAUGGAACAGUUGGAGCAACACAAGCUGGACGAUCUGCCAUUGCUCAGGGUAACAGUGCUGAAAUUGCUGAAGCGUUAUUCAGAUAUUCUUCACCAGAGGAGGUGAUGGUGUUUCCGACAACAUGUGGAGCUUGUGCGGCAAAGUGUGAAUGCCGAAUGUUUGUUACUAAUAUUCCAUAUUUUCGAGAAGUGAUUGUAAUGGCAUCUUCUUGUGAUGCUUGUGGAUACCGUAAUUCUGAGCUGAAACCUGGUGGUAGCAUCUCUGAUAAAGGAAAGAAGAUCACCCUUCAGGUGGAAAAUGUCAAAGAUUUAAGCAGAGAUGUGAUAAAGUCAGAUAGUGCUGGGGUGAGCAUACCAGAGCUUGACUUGGAGCUUGCUAGUGGCACUCUGGGUGGUGUUGUAACAACUGUUGAAGGUUUAGUCACAAAAAUUAGUGAAAGUCUAGAAAGGGUUCAUGGAUUCACAUUUGGAGAUAGUCUUGACGAUGACAGGAAAAGCAAGUGGCUGGAUUUCAGAGAAAGACUUAGCAAGCUUUUGAGCUUGGAAAGACAUUGGACUUUGAUUAUUGAUGAUGCACUGGCAAAUUCAUUUGUGGCCCCUGUUACUGAUGACAUGAAAGAUGACAAGCAAUUAAAAUUUGAUGAAUGUGAGAGAUCAUGGGAGCAGAACGAAGAGUUAGGGCUUAAUGACAUGGACACGUCUGUGGCUGAUGCCUCCUAUUCUGCUGCAACCGACGAAAACUGACGUGUUGCUAGCUGGGGCUCACACUCUCCUGCUUCCUACUGUUGUAAUUUCUAUUUGUAACUUGUAAGUCUAAAUUCUACUCUACAUUAGUACGAGGACUACUAAUGAAAGACUACUGUAGCAUUUGAUUUUAUUUUUUUAAAUUCUGGUGAUUUGUCUUUUUUCUUUUUUCAACAUAUUCCCAAAACUAGUCAGAAUUGAGUAGCAAGGUGCUAUGGACUCUUUUAGGUGAAGUAUUGCAAAUUAGUUCUAUUUGUAUACUCCCUCCGUCCCAAAAUGGAUGCUCGUGUAUCGUCUAUCGAUAACUUUUAUUUGUUUGUAUGUUUUCAUUGGUUAUUUGAUAAAAUAAAAUUUUUCUGUCACU